UCGUUUCGUUGUUCCCGAUGCCGAAAACAAAGAAGAAAUCCAAGAAGCAGCUGGAGGACGAGCUCCAAAAGGCAGCUGAAGAGCAGAAGCGACAUGAAGAAAAGGAGAGACUCUUCAAAUUGGAGGAGGAUGCUCUUGCGGCGAACCGAGAGAGAUUGGAGAUUGAGCUCGAGGGCAAAAAUCGCGUGUUGGAAGCGGAAAGGCUAGAGGAAGAGCAAGAGCUGGUGGUCCGAAUGAAAGGUGAGCGCAAGCGAUGCCUAGACUACGAACAGUCAAAGUUGCAGGAGAAGAUCGAAUGGCAAAAGUUUGUUUCCUGCACGUCGCGACCCAACGUCAUGUUUGAAAACGAGAUCACCACUUAUGUUUCCAUGGUGCGCGAGGAGCGAUCUGACAGAGAAUCCAUGGAGACUGCCAUUGAGAAGUGCAAAGCUGGAGAAGAGGUCGUGGGCGACCUCCUGGAGCUCUACUGCAAGGCCUGCGAAGAGGGCAACGUGACCCGACAGGACUGGUGCAUGCACUACAUUGGUGAGAUUCGUGCCCUCGAAGUGGAGUUGAUUGAUGCAGCUACUGCUCAUUUGCUGUUGUACAUUGAGAAGCAGGAAGCCAAUGCGCACUUGCAGGUCUAUUUGCAGUGGGGCAAUGCCAACGAUGAGAUGAAGGUGGGCUUCUGGGGCCAUUUGCAGAGCAAAGGCUUUCGCGCCAAAUCCAUCGAGCAUAGCAAGAUCCAGAUAGGACUGGAUCUUCCCAAAGCGAUCCAACUGCAGUCCAUCGGCCACUGCAUUGGUGUGCGAUCUUUGUAUACCACCUUCGACAGUGCUGGAAAGGAUCCAGUCCAAAUGUCCAUCGGAGGAAUGAUUCGGGUGGAUCUGCUGUCGAUCCCGCCCUUCAGCAAAAAGGUGAAGGGAUGGACCAUACGACAGGUGCCGGCACCUGGCAAGGAGCUCAUGAAACUGCCCUACCCCAACACUGAGCACACCACGGCGAGCACAGCAAUUGCUGCCCCGUGCAAGAUCGACUACAAGGUACCCAGCCAUGUGCUGGUCAGCAAGUCCCCGGUGGUGUCUUGGUGGGACGCGUCAGUGGAACGCUGGUCGACCGAAGGCAUCAACGAAAUCACUUGGGAACAGGAAACGCGAAAGAUCUCAUUCUUCACAGCGCGACUGGCUUCCUUUUCCAUCACUCAGGAGCGACACAUUGACCUGCCUUACAAGCACUGGAACAUGAGGCCUUGUGACGACAUGGUGGUGGAACUCACUGUCCAGGCUGCUAGGUACGAGCUGCGCUUCAUGAUCUCAGAGGACGGGCUGAGGUUGAAAGGACCUCAGUUGCCUGAACUGUUGGACGUCAUGUUUGAGCCCGGCAGUGGUGAGGCAGGAGGCUUGAGCGGACCCAGUGGUCGCCGACCCCGCAUCCGCAGCCCUGCCACGCUGCUGAAUGAGCUUCGUGAUUGUGGGCUGAAUUUGAUGCCAAAGAACUCCGAUGCUGACCAGCUAGAGGGCUAUACUCCAAAGCAUCCUGAGACUCAGGCUCGGGCAUAUUCCGACCUCAGCGAAAUUGCCGCCUUCUAUGACAUUGCCUCCUCCCGACACAAUAAGGAUUUACCAGCUGAACGUGCUUUAGUGCGAAUUCGUGAGAAUGAAUUGCGCGAGGUAUUUAACCCUCUGGACUCCGAUGGAGACGCGGACUAUCAAGCAAUCAUGUUCUUCCCGAAGAAGUGUUGCCAAGUGCAGUCGCUGGAAGGGGUUUCGCCUUGCAGGGAGGCAAUGGCCCCGGGCCAUUUCACACACGCCAGCCUUUAUCUUUGCUUCGAUAAAGAUCCAGCUCCCGGUCCCAAUCAUGCCGAACGCCUGCAACGCCUGGAAGUUACGACUUCAACUGUGCGUUUCGUGGAGGCUGUGAGGCAAACCAUGCAGCUGAUGCAUCUGCUGUCUUUCGUUUGAGAUCCGGAGCCGUCCGGAGACAAUGCAUGGCACCGUGGCUAAAAAUCCACCGCAAAGUGCGGUGAGAGUUGGCCACAGAUCCGAACACUCCAGAGAUAUCCAGAGUGUUUGGACGUUUCACCGAACUUGUCUGAGAGGGGCACAGCAUCUCGUUGAAAACAA